AGGGGCCCGCGUUGGCCCCGGCGCGACAGGUUCUCUUACAUCGACCUCCUAAGAGUCGCGCUGUAAGAAAGGCCCCUCUUCCUCCCUUCUUCCCCGGGUUCCGCGCCUCCACGCUCCGCAGCAGCAACAACAGCAACAGCAACCAUGCGUGAAUGCAUCUCUAUCCACGUUGGUCAAGCCGGAGUCCAGAUUGGCAAUGCCUGCUGGGAGCUCUACUGCCUGGAGCAUGGCAUCCAGCCUGAUGGGCAGAUGCCCAGCGACAAGACCAUUGGGGGUGGAGACGACUCCUUCAACACUUUCUUCAGCGAGACAGGAGCCGGCAAACACGUCCCCAGGGCUGUCUUUGUAGACUUGGAACCAACUGUGAUUGAUGAAGUGCGCACAGGAACCUACCGGCAGCUUUUCCACCCUGAACAGCUCAUCACUGGUAAGGAAGAUGCAGCCAACAAUUACGCCAGGGGCCACUACACUAUUGGCAAGGAGAUCAUUGACUUGGUACUGGACAGGAUCAGGAAGCUGGCUGACCAAUGCACAGGUCUCCAGGGCUUUCUGGUCUUCCACAGCUUUGGUGGUGGCACGGGCUCUGGUUUUACCUCCUUGCUGAUGGAGCGCCUGUCUGUUGACUAUGGAAAGAAGUCCAAGCUGGAGUUCUCCAUCUACCCAGCCCCUCAGGUCUCCACAGCUGUAGUUGAGCCCUACAACUCCAUUCUGACCACCCACACCACCCUGGAGCACUCCGACUGCGCCUUCAUGGUAGACAAUGAGGCCAUCUAUGACAUCUGCCGCAGAAACCUUGACAUUGAGCGCCCCACUUACACUAAUCUUAAUAGGUUAAUUGGUCAAAUUGUGUCCUCCAUCACAGCCUCCCUACGAUUUGAUGGUGCCCUGAAUGUAGAUCUGACCGAAUUCCAGACCAACUUGGUGCCCUAUCCCCGUAUCCACUUCCCCUUGGCCACCUAUGCCCCGGUCAUCUCUGCUGAGAAAGCUUACCAUGAACAGCUUUCUGUAGCUGAGAUCACCAAUGCUUGCUUUGAGCCGGCCAACCAGAUGGUGAAAUGUGACCCUCGUCACGGUAAAUACAUGGCCUGCUGCCUCCUGUACCGUGGGGAUGUGGUUCCCAAAGAUGUCAAUGCUGCUAUUGCCACCAUCAAGACCAAACGCACCAUCCAAUUUGUGGACUGGUGUCCCACUGGUUUCAAAGUGGGCAUCAACUACCAGCCCCCUACAGUGGUCCCUGGAGGUGACCUGGCCAAAGUGCAGCGUGCUGUCUGCAUGCUGAGCAACACCACCGCCAUUGCGGAGGCCUGGGCUCGCCUGGACCACAAGUUUGACCUGAUGUAUGCCAAGCGUGCCUUUGUCCACUGGUACGUCGGGGAGGGGAUGGAGGAAGGAGAGUUUUCCGAGGCCCGGGAGGACAUGGCUGCCCUGGAGAAGGAUUAUGAAGAAGUGGGUGUGGAUUCAGUUGAAGGAGAAGGGGAGGAAGAAGGAGAGGAAUACUAAAAUGUCACAAUGGUGCUGCUCUUACAGGGAAUUUUAAAGCUACAGCGGUGAGAAAAAGUUUGUGACCCCUUAAGACUGUUAACAUGUUUCUAAAAGUUCUAACAAGUUACUGGAUCUUAAUGUAACCCUAUAAUCCUAGAAAGAGAGAAAAUUGAUUCCCAAAUUGAAAAAAUGGCAUAUAAACAUGAUACAUUUUCAACGUAUUUAUCUGACUGAUACAGUAGCCAGUGUCCAUGUGUGAAAAAGUAUGUGAACCUUUAUAGUCAUUACCUUGUGACACUCUUGAGUAGCCAGAAUGUCAGAUAAGUAUUGCUCUCACCGUGUUUUUAAAGAAUUGUCAAAAUAAUUCUUCAAAAUAAUGACCUUUUUUGCACGGGAGGUCCUGCCACAACAAUUCCGCGGAAUUUAGGCCUAGAUUUUGACUAGGCCAUUCUAAAACAGCCCCAAAUCCUUAGGUUUUUCACAACCCUUUCUAAAUUGGCGAGUAGUAACAACUGCUUUUAUGAGAAAUGCCUUCAGAAAUGCCUUUCAAUUGUGGUAUGAUAAAUUUCCACACAGCUAUGAGAUGACCAAGUUUCUGAUCCUUUUAUUAUGUGCCCCUCCCCAAAUCAUCCCACAGGCAUCUAAUUAUGUAAGGAAUGCUUCUAUUUAUUUCCUUUAAUUGAGAUGAGGCAACUAGAGGUUCACUUACUUUUGCACUUAUUUUGACUUUUUUUUGUACUCCUCAUUUGCCUAAUGGAUGCAUUGUAUUAUGUCACAAGAAAGAGAAUAUUGUAGGUUAAUGUCAACCUCAUUGGAUAUUUAGAAUAAGACAGAUUAUUAUGGUAAGACUUCAACAUUUCCAUAACUGUCAUUAGGGAUCAUGAACUUUUUAUCACCACUGUAUUUAACAACAUUCAAGUACUAGUCUGAUUGGUUAAUUUAUGUAGCAGUGUAAAUUGUUUGCCCUACAAUAACUGAUCUGCGCUUUAAAUCAUGAACGUUUUACAAAUCCAAGCCGUCCAAUAAUGUUAUGGCUUUGUGAAUAAAAAUCAUUCCCUGUCCUAGAAA